AUGGCUGAAGGCCUGAAGUUCUCCUGGGGCAAGAAGGCCGCAGUGGCGGCCGUCCCGAAGCCGACCAGACCCGGGAACUCCGGGAUGACCAUUGCGCAGGAGGCUGCCGUGAACCUGGGGGAAUCUAAGCCGGCCACGCCAGAGGAGGAGGAGAAGCGCCGGAAGCGCCUCGAGGCGUGGAAGAAGGCCCAGGCCGAGGAACAGGAGGAGAAGGAGGAUAUCCCGUUGGAUGAGCAAGAGCAGAAGAUGGCACAAGUUCGGGCGGCACUGAAGGAGGUGAACCAGAGGAACCGUGACCUGGGGGUGCGGAAGAGCAAGAAGAGGCGGAAGUCCUCCAGCUCCAGCGACGAUGUCAUGAUCACCUCCACCGACAACACGGACGUCAUCAUCACGCGCGCGGACGCGAAGCCACGAGGAACGGCGCCAGGCAAGUGCAGCCCUCCUGUGGCCGGAGGCCCCAUCGACUUGGAUGACGAGGCCCCAGCUGAGACGGUCUCCAUGCCGGAGGGUCCCGAAAAAGAGCAGGAGCCCGAGCAGAAACACAAGGAACAGCAGAAGGACAAGGAGAGUGAGGGCCUGACCUUUGUCUGA